AUGGCUCUAGACACGCGUAACAUAAUCCUACUAGUACUAGCUCUUCUCCUCAUCUCCAUCCUCUCUCGAAAAUUCAUCACCUACCUUACCUACCGCCACGCUUCUAACCAUCAAAACUACAAACCCGCACCCAAAAUCCCACAAUGGGACCGUCUAAUCGGAUACAGUCUCUUCAAAGAAUCCACUCAAGCAGUAUCAACCAACUCCGUUCUCCAACUAAUGACCACCCGCUUCCAAGAGUACGGAACCACCUUCAGCGGUGUUCUCAUGGGACAGUCAUUUAUCAUGACCAUCGAGCCGGAGAAUAUCAAGGCGGUGCUUGCGACGAACUUUAGGGAUUUCGGGAUCAGAGGGCGGUUGGAAAGUUUUGGUCCUUUGCUUGGAAAUGGGAUCUUUACGACUGAUGGGGUACAAUGGGAACAUUCUAGAGUAAGCACCUAUAUAAGGUGUUCUUGGAAUAGUGGGGCUAAUAUAUAACAUGUAGGCUUUGAUCCGUCCAGCUUUCGUGAAGGCACAGGUUGCGGAUUUAGGUCUUUAUGAGACGCAUUUUCAAGAUUUACUUUCGCUUCUUCCAACAGAUGGGAGUACCGUCGAUUUACAACCUUUGUUCUUCAGACUAACUCUUGAUAGUGCCACGGUAUAUGCUAAUAUCUAUGAUGUUGCACCAGUACAAUGCUACUAACACCAAAUUAGGAAUCCCUCUUCGGCAGCUCAGUAAACUCCCUCCAGAAUUCCGAGGGUCCAGAAAAAGACUUCGCAAUCGCAAUCGAUUACGCACUCUCCCAAAUCCCACAACGCUAUCGCCGAGGGGCUUUGACCCGUUUCCUACCAGACAGGAAGUUCCAUCAAGCCUGCAAAACUGUCCAUACAUACACAGAUCAAUUUGUGCAGUCUGCUCUAGCAGCCAAGGCCAGCAAGGAAAAACAAAAUGUCGAAGAAGGAGGGCAGAGAUAUACACUACUUCACGAACUCGCGAAAGCAACGAGUGAUCCGAUUCAAUUGCGUGACGAGUUAUUGAAUAUGUUGAUUGCAGGCCGCGACACAACUGCCAGCCUCCUCAGCAAUUUGUUCUUUGUGCUUGCCAGGAGACCGGAUGUUUGGCAGAGGUUGAGGGGGGAGGUAGGUGAGUUGGGUGGACUGAAGCCAGAUUAUGAGGCGUUGCGACGGAUGAAGUAUUUGAGGAAUGUACUAAAUGAAGGUAUGCAUUCACAAUGGACUGCUGAAUACAUUUUCUAAUACAAACAAACACCCUAGCUCUCCGCUUAUACCCAGUCGUUCCAGCGAACAGUCGUUUCGCCAUCCGCAACACAACUCUCCCACGCGGUGGCGGCUCCGAUGGCUCAUCUCCAAUCUUCAUCGCUAAAGGACAGAUCGUAGCCUAUUCAGUCUUCGAUAUGCAUCGCAGAAACGACAUUUACGGUCUCAACGCUGAGGAGUUCGAUCCCGAUCGCUGGAAUGAUUUGAGACCUGGUUGGGCUUAUAUCCCGUUCAAUGGUGGGCCUAGAAUAUGUCUCGGCCAGCAGUUUGCGCUAACGGAAAUUGGAUAUGUGACGGUGAGAUUUGUGCAAAGUUUUAGAGAGAUUGAGGCGAAAAGGGAGAGGGAAUGGGUGGAGAGAUUGGGUGUUACGUUGAGUAGUUUUGAUGGUGUGAAAGUUGGACUAAAUAAAUAA